AUGAUCUUGACCUCAAGUCUUGUCGGCGUGUGUGGCUUGCUGGUCCACGUCGCUGCGCAAACUGCAAACUCAACGGUCCGAGCUGCCGUUGUGUUCGUUAAUCAUGGCGAGACUACGCCUAAUCUCGUCAGUGAUCAUGUCAUCCUCACGCCCAACGGUGCUCAGCAAAUGCAGCGACUGGGGGCGGCCUUUCGCAGCCGAUAUCUAGGUGGCAACGCGAGCAAUACUACCUCGUCAAAUAGCACAGACACUGCUCCCAUUCAGAGCUUAUCAACCGACAGCAUUGACAAUACCCAGAUGGCCAUCAUGGCUGCAAUGCAGGAGUGGUCGACAAGCAGUGCUGCUGCAUUUAUGCAAGGAUUCUAUCCUCCCAGCCCUGAUACGAGCUACGUGGGACAUAAUCUUGUCUUAAAUUCCAACACUACAGAUUAUCCGCUAAAUGGAUAUCAGUACGCUCAAAUCAUCACACAUCCGAACUCGGACAGUAAUUCUGUCGCUAUCCAAGGCUACGAAGCGUGCACCGCGUGGCAAAACCAAAUGAGCCAGAAUCUGUCCCAGAACCCUGAAAUUGCCCAGAGAGUCCACGACAAGGCCUAUUUCUACACCAAAUUGUUCUCUAGCGACCCUAUGCAAGGCAGCUUACCAGUGGACCAAGCAACGUACCUCAAUGCAGAAGAGAUAUAUAAUUUUGUUGACUUCAAUUAUGCUUAUAAUGGGACCGUCCACAAAGACCUCAAGGACCCCAAUGGCACUCUUUCUGUUCUGCAAAACAAUGCGUUUUCUCUCGAGCGGUCCAAAACCAGCUAUAGCGGCAAUACGAACAAGGAUGAUCCCCUCCAUGUGCUCUAUAGCAUUGCCGGGAGGACAUUGGCCAACAAAGUAACAGACCAAUUCAGCACCUUCCUAGCAACUAGCGGGACGAGGGGGAAGCUGACAAUCAUGUUCGGAUCCUCCCGGUCCUUGAUGGCGUUCUUUGGGGCCGCAGGGCUCAUGAAUGACCAAAAUGCCGCGGCGAGCCCGUUUUCCCGGCUACCAAAGCCUGGCUCGGCAAUUGCAUUUGAGCUCAUAAGUGAGAGUGACCCCAGCAGUAGCACCGACAGCUUUCAAGUGCGGUUUUCAUACAGACCGAGUGCGGACUCUGGUGAUCAAUUCUCAACAUAUCCUCUAUUUGGAUCUGGAUUUGGGGGGGCCGCCAUGUCCUAUGCCUCUUUUCUCCGCAAAAUGAACGAGAUCAGCACAACUGCGAGUGAAUGGUGCACAAUCUGCAGCCCACGAACAACGUCGACAUUUUGCUUGACCCCAAAUGUUUUGGGCAGUCAGAAAAGCGGCUCAUCUUCAAGCGCCAUCAGUCCUGCUGUUGCCGGCGUCCUUGGUGCCGUGCUUAUGGCCGUUCUCAUUGCGGGCGUCACAGCGGGACUCAUAGCCCUUGGCGGUUGGCGUUUCAGUCGUAAUGGGAGGCAGGACGGAGGGCCUGCAGGCUCUGCAGUGGGAGGAUUCAAAGGCAAUGAUAAAAUGGUCAGCGAUGCGGACAUGACGGUGUCAAACGCUGGGCGGAAUGAGGAACGGGUGGGAAGCUGGGAGCUUCGGGAUGGCGGGAGGGGGACGCAUACAGGCCCGUUUGGUUCCGGUAUCGUGACUAACGAGUUUUCUCAAAGAACAAGAGCAAUGGACGAGGACGGGGUGAGCGUUACUGGCGCGCCGGUCAAUGCGAGGGAGAGUGUGUGA